AUGAACUAUCCUCAGAUAUUCUCCACUCCAAAUCACCCCGAACCCAUGGUUUCACCUGGUUCCGAAUCUCAGUUUAUCGCUGGAGUUCGUAGCAGGAAUGGCUGGAUAUCAGUGGGAACCGGUCCAAACGCACUUAAUCCGUCAAGGGAAUGUCUGCCUUCCGACAGUCAUAAGCCACUGAAGCUCAUCAGUAUAAUCACCUACCGUGGUGCCGUAAAGCGGGGCGACGUGUUUCUCUGUCUUCCUCGUCAGAUACGCAACCGAAUUUUCAAUUACGUACUGGCAGACUUCCCUGAGCUGCUCUAUAUUGAAGUGCCUGAUACGAGAGACUUCAACAUUCCCGCUCCGGCAUAUGUCAGUGACCGCUGGUACACGGAGAUUUGCCAACUCAUCAUUCAAAACGCCACUUUCAGCAUCAUUACAACUUCCUCUCUCUACAACCUCAUGGCUUUCCUCAACGAGUUUGAGAAAGGAGCCGGCUACGACAACCUCCGGACUGCGGAGUUUACCGACCUGGGCUUAUUUGAGAGAGGCGAGUUCGGGGCACCCGCUAGACAACUUCUCCGUCGCUGUCCUAACAUAAGCCACGUCUCUCUGCUUAUCAACUGGAACGACUUACUCUGGGUGCUGGAAAAUGAGGUACCCGUAUUGGACUUGGACGCCAUGACUCGCAAGUUCGAUUUCCAAGCAAUCGCGCGUCUACCGAACCUCGAAACUGUCUCGCUGAAUUUGCAGCCUUUCAUGGCUUUGGAGAAACGAUUGCGAUGUAUGGAGGCCAAAAGAUUGCGAGUCGCGGAGAAGGGACGUACCUUUCCUGGCCUGUGCGACUUCUGGGGUCUAGGACAGUGGCUAAAACGAAGGGCUCAGGACAACAUGAGAGCCAUCCAAGUUCAUUGUCCCAAUACUUUUUCGAUCUCAUCUGUGCAGUCUGUCAUAGCUCGCACUCGAUCCACUAACCGGCAACUUCUGUUCUCCACGCCGGCAUAUCCAGUUUGA